AGAUUUCUAUUAUCACAUUAUAUUUUCCAGCCUAAUUCCGAAAAAAUCCUUUAUUAAGGGAAAUAACCCCUUAUAUUAAAAGUCUAGAGAUGGGACAUUGAUUGUUUACAAUAUUUAACACCGAUAGGCAUCCCGGCAGGGAGAGAAAAUUGUAAGGUGAAAAUAAUUGCGUUAGGUAAUGCGAUUUGAAAACAUUGCUUUUAUUAUCGUUUUUUUGCUCCGCCUAUCAGAAAGGAGCUGUACCGAGCCUAAAUUGUAAGCGACUCUUCCAAGUAAUUAGCGCCCCAACCCGCGCCACCUUUCUAUUAGAGAACCGUUCCAUAGACGCUCUUACAACCCAUAAUCAUGUCAAGCGGAUUCGUGCGCAGCAGCUACAAAUUGUUUGUCGGCAACCUACCAUGGACGAUCAGCAGCAAGGAGCUGCGAAUUUACUUCUCAAAAUUCGGGCACGUAGCCAACGCGGAAGUGGUUUUCGACCGCCAACUGGGCCUCUCAAAACAUUAUGGAUUCGUGGUGUUCAGCCAACGGGAUGCCUUUGACAGCGCCAGUAAUCAGAACACCCAUUUUCUGGAGGGCAGAGUACUCACUGUGCAGAGAGCCAAUGAAAGUCCACAAUGAAAAUGUCUAAUAAUUGGAUUGAUUUACUGGUUAUACCGAAAGGAGAGAGGAUGAUAGUUAAAGAGUUUAGUUAUUAACAAAUGAAUGCAGCAUUUCCUUCGA